CUCUGCCUGAAGAGACUUCGGCUCAUCUGCAUGAUGAUGAGGUUGUCGUGUUUUGUGACUUCUUCGUUGCGGGCCUUCGGUUUCCUAUGUAUCCCGUUCCGGUGGAUAUCCUUCGUUUGUAUGGCAUUUUCAUGCACCAGCUGACACCGAACUCCUUCGUCGGCUCAAACUUGCAUUUCUUGUUGGCCAAGACUUGUCGGCUGAUGAGGGUGGCUCAGAUGGCGAAGCCCAAUAUGGCUGUUAUAACUUUGUCUACCGUGACUUCAUCUUUGGUCCGGUGACUGCUUACAGAAACAAAUGGGAAGACUGGAUUUCGUUCUGAUUCUAUCACAAGGUUCCUCUUGACUGCUCGACCGGGACUCACCCACUCGUGGUGAAGGACAUUCAGAAUUUGCCUGCCAUGUGUCCUAAUGUGGAUGUUGAAGAUAUCGAGGACCGCCGGGCCUUCGAAAGUAUGCUUUGUGAGGUGUCGAAAAUCUUCAGCACUCGUGACAUCACGGAGGAGUUUGUUGCAUGUAACUGCUGGCCCAUGAAAAGUGGUUGGUGUAUCACCUCAUGGAAGGAGAACCUUGGAAAAGUUCCUGUCCCAGACUUCGGAUCUUGCUUCAGAUUGACCAAAGAAGCAAUUGUUCCUGGCUCCAUUGAGCAUCGAGCAAACGAUAUCCUCGGCCCAGAGACUUCCAGUGAAUACAAAUCUAUUAAGCAAAAUCUCGGCGGGACACGUGCCAACCGAGUUUUUCAUGCCUUCAGGGUCAAAGCCCCUCCACGCAUUGCUACCACGAGGCACAAGGCUGCUGAAGAUAAAAAGAAAAGCAAGCGGUCUUUCACGGGUAUGAAGACCCCUGAAGGUGGCAGUGGCGGACUUGCUACCUCGCGUCUUGAAAAGGAGAAGAAGAGAAAGAGCGGUGCGACACCUGGACGUGGAUGGAAAUGUGCCCGCUUCAUGAAGACCUUGUUUUCCGCCUCUCCCUUGCAGUCUAAAGGGGAUUCUAAAGACGCCGCUGAGGAGACCCCAAAGCCCAUCUCCGAUGCUCCUAUCUCAAAGAUAGCACCCCCUCCAGCCCUAAUGCUUUGGAAAUCCGUGAACAUGGAAAUGAGCAAGCAGGAGCCUAAAAGUGAUGAUGGAACAGAAGGGGGUGGAAAAAUUGAGGUUGCUGAUUCCACGACUCUUACCGCAAAGCCUCACGAGACUGUCAUGCUCAGUGCUCGUCAAUCUUCCUUAGGGUCUUCGAGUGCUGGCUCCUCCUCGUCGUCGUCAAAUGAUAGCUAUGAGAAAGAGCAACAGGCCAGUGCCGACAAGCCCGCCACCGAUGUCCCCAAUGCUCGCUGGGCUUCGGUUAUCGGCAGAGUCUCCAAAGGAGGCGGCAGUCAGUCUGAGAGCGAUGCUUAUUUCAUGAGUUAGGAGGACCUUGCGGCCGUUGCUCCUGAACUGAACGCAUUGGGGGCUAAACUGAUCGGCGGUAGCAUCCUUGGAAGCCUUCGGUUUGAAAGCGGUGAUUGUGAGCACCAGUUUCUAUCUGAAGCGGGGGAUCAUUUUGCCUUCCGCUGAUGGAGAAGGAACUGAUGAAAACCGGUGCUUCAAAUGCGCUUCACUGCGCUGGGGACUUGGCCAUGAAGACCUUCAUCGCAACGCGCUGUGCUGCUCGCCAAAUCGAGGCCCAUGGGUCCCCUUCAUCCUAGAUGGUGACUCUCGAGGAGAAAGUUGCCAAGCUGGAGGAGGAGAAAACAACCCUCGCAAAAGAACUUGAAUUUGAAAAAUCACAGCAUGCCUCGGUGGUCCAGACAUCGAAGGAAUUGGAAGAUCAACUGAAGAAAUCCCGAGUAGAAAUCGUCGAGGUAAAAACUGAGCUUGCGACAGCCACCGAAAGGCGCCAAAGGAUUAAGGAUAAGCUCAAUGUCUUGCAUCAGGCCCUCGGUACUACCGUGGAGACGGUUCUUCGGGAGAUGCCUAGCUUCACGUCGUCCUAUGGGCUGACUGCUCUGGAGCUUGCCGUCGACAGCUUGGAUGUGAACCAGUUUUUCGAUUGGCUUCGGAUUUGCCUUGCUAUGUUAGACGCUGGAGUUGUAUGGAGAUUUCAGCACCGUCGUCGCCGCACAGACGCUGGUGGCUUUGGUGUGCAGUUUGCUGCCCACAGAAUUUGACAGUGCCUAUAUCCAAAACUCAGCUUUGGACUCUUCGGAGCGCUUCAUUCGCUUGGCCUUCGGAAGAGGCUAUUCAUCCCAAAAACCUUCCUCCUCCACCGAAGAAUAUUGCCAAGAAUUUUCUCAAGUCUUUUUUCAAGGGCCAGAGAACAGAGCUCGUCCAGCGUGAAGGGCUUCGCGUACGUGACCAGUUGCAACGGAAGGCCGAAACUUGUGCCGAGGAAUUCCUUCGAGAACAUGGAAGCCUGACGUCUGAACCGGAGGGCUCUGUCCCUAUGAACACUAAUGGACCUUCUAGUGCGGAGGUCGAAGCGAAAUAGGGUGAAAUGGCUCCUGAUGGCGAUGGCGACGCGCCUGGCGCUCUUUCGAAUACCAGGGAGGAUCCUGCGGUGAAACCUGCGUGGGUUACUGAAGGUAUUCUGCCUGUCACUAUGAAUCGCGAUGACUUCUUCAUGACUGGGGAAAGCUGGGCAAAAUUUCAUUCUUCGCAUCCCUCUAAUGCCUUGGAUGAUUUUUGGAUUAUCAAGCUCCGUAGUUAUGAAAAAUGCAAUGCUGCCGUGAAGGCCUUUUUUAUUGAGUUCGAAAGUGAACAAGUUAGGUGCGGAAAUAUCCUUGCUGAUCAUGCGCUUUGUCGUGAGAUCCGAAGAAUCUGGAAUAGCUCGUCGGUGCCAUAUACCCCACCUGAAGGGCUUAAGGAGCCGAAACCGGAGCCCAUGGAAAAUGAAAGUGCCUCUUUGGAAUUUAUGUAUCAUUUCGAAAGUGAUUGCAAGGAAGAAACCAUUUAACCUCCUGACUCAGCGCUAU